AUGGACACGUACAAGCAGCACAAUCCAGAAGACCAGUCAGUAGUUAGCAAAAUGCAGAAGAAAUACUGGAAAACAAAACAAGUCCUAAUUAAAGUUACUGGAAAGAAAGAAGAUGAACACGUGGUAGCGUCUGAUGCAGAGUUAGAUGCCAAACUAGAGGUUUUCCAUACCAUUCAGAUGACUUGCACAGAUCUUCUGAAGACAAUUGAAAAAUACCAGCAAAGACUUAAUGCUAUUUCUGAGCAAGAAAAUGAGCUAGGGCUCUUCUUAAAGUUUCAGGCAGACCGAGGUGAUGUUCAAAUUGUCAGAAUGAUUGAUGCCACUGGCAAGGCCCUCUGUUCGUCUUCCCAGCAAAGGCUGGCUCUCUGUACUCCUUUGUCCCGCCUUAGAAAAGAACUUGAAACAUUUAGUCAGCAGGCUGUAACUGACACCUUGUUAACAAUCAAUCGAAUGGAGCAGGCCCGCACAGAGUACAGAGGGGCUUUACUGUGGAUGAAGGAUGCGUCCCAGGAAUUGGACCCUGAUGCCUGCAAGCAAAUGGAGAAGUUCAAAAAGGUUCAAAUGCAGGUGAGAAAUACCAAAACUCAGUUUGACAAACUGAAGAUGGAUGUUUGUCAGAAGGUAGACCUUCUAGGAGCUAGCCGCUGUAAUAUGCUAUCACAUUGCCUUGCUAUCUACCAGACAACUUUUUUGCAUUUCUGUAAAAAGUCAUCUCAUUCCAUAUCUGAGAUUCAUAGAAGCUUUGCGCAUCUCCACUCAAAUCAUCCUGUGAUGUCCAAGUUGCAGGCAUCUAACCAAUCUACUGCAGAAGAUAAGGAAGAUGUUGUUUCUGCCAACCUUGAUAGGUUGCCUUUGCAGACUGAAGAUGCUUCUCCUACUUUCUCAGGAGAAUUGCUGCCGACAGACUCUGCUGAAGAAUUGUUUUCUUUUCUGGAGAACAUAGCAAGUCCCCGUGCUUCAGACACUGGAAGCAGAGCACAGGAAUACCAAAAUGUGUUUGACAGCCUUUGUGUGGCUUCUCCUAUCGAGGCACCUGCUACCGAAGCAGAAUGUUUAGCAAACCCUUCUGGAUUCCUACCAUCACAGCUCCUUGAGCAAGGCCUUCAUGCUGCUGGGGGAUUAAGCAUGGAGACUAGUAGUCAAGACAUGAGAACGUGGUUUGGUGCUUUUGUAGACCUAGAUCCUCUUUCAGAUCCUGAUGCGAUUGGACGCUCAGAUGAUGAACUCCUCACUGCAUGAUUAAGAAUAGUUGAGCAGUGGAAGAAUUUGCUACUCUCCUGGAAGACCAUGGUUCCUUCUUGAAUUCUUAACCACGUGGAUUGUGGAUCCAUGGAUACAC